AUGGCACUCACGAAGGAUUUGAAGUUGCCAAGUGAUGAGGAGCUCACAGUACCUCAAGAAAUCACCCUCUCCACGCCGUGGCUGAAAGCAGUUGCUCCGUACAUGGCAAAACAUUGCGAACAAGAAAUCAAUGAGUUUAUGCUUCGACGCAAAGAACUACAAGAUCCUCGUGCAACUCUCAAAGAAGGUGCUGCCGUGACCGCUUGCGGGAUCAAAUUCCUUCAGUCGCUGAAGAAAACCUGCGCCCAGGAGACGGAAAAGCUAGCCAACUGCAUUGACCAGGGCAGUGCCAAACUUUAUUUAAGCAAAUGCCGCGACGAGCAAAAAGUGCUGGAUGCAUGCAUCGAGGAGAAACUCCACAUAGCUCGCCCGAAGAUGGGAUACUUCAGCAAACUGCAUAUCUACGACAGCAAGCAGCCAGCACCAGAAAGAAAGCUGAGAGAUUACAAAGCCGAAGCUGCAAAAGUGCUAGCGGAAUUACCAGAGGAUUACCAUUUGCGGCAAGACUACAGGAAGUACAACGAUUGGAGAUACAACAUUUCCGAGAGU